AUGGAAGCAGUAGAAACAGAAAAUCAUCAUGGACAAAUCACUUGUGGAUCUUUAUUGGAGCAGUUGCAGCGAAUCUGGGAUGAAGUUGGUGAAACUGAUGAGGAACGGGACAAAAUGCUCCUUCAGUUGGAGCAAGAGUGCCUGGAUGUGUACAAGAGGAAAGUUGACCGCGCUGUGAAAUCUAGGGCUCAACUUCUUCAGACACUGGCAGAUGCUAGAGUUGAACUUACUAACCUUCUUUCUGCCCUGGGAGAGAAGACUUAUGUUGGAAACCCUGAGAAGACAUCAGGGACAAUCAAGGAACAGCUUGCGGCUAUAGCCCCUGCAUUGGAGAAACUGUGGAAACAGAAAGAUGACAGGAUUAGAGAGUUUUCUGAUGUUCAAUCUCAAAUACAGAAAAUAUGUGCAGAAAUUACUGGAGCUAGUGAGCCAGUAGGGAGUCCUGCAGUCGAUGAGUCGGAUUUAUCCACAAAGAAGUUGAAUGAAUUUCAAGCUCAGCUCAAUGACCUUCAAAAGGAAAAGAGUGACAGAUUGCACAAAGUUCUUGAUUUCGUGAGCACUGUACAUGAUCUUUGUGCUGUUCUUGGUGUGGACUUCUUUACUACUGUUACAGAAGUGCAUCCUAGCCUAAACGAUUCUCGUGGUGUACAAUCGAAAAGUAUAAGUGAUGAUACACUGUCUAGAUUGGCUAAGACUGUUUUAGCCCUGAAGGAAGAUAAGAAGAAAAGGUUGCAGAAGCUACAAGAGUUGGCAACUCAGCUUAUUGAUCUUUGGAAUUUGAUGGACACACCCGCAGAGGAGCGCAGCCUCUUUGAUCAUGUAACAUGUAAUAUUUCAGCUCCAGUGGAUGAAGUUACUGUGCCUGGGGCUCUUGCUAUAGACAUCAUAGAACAGGCUGAAGAGGAAGUUGAGAGACUUGAUCAGCUGAAAGCUAGCCGAAUGAAGGAAAUUGCUCUUAAGAGGCAAGCUGAACUUGAGGAGAUAUUCGCUCAUGCUCACAUAGAGAUUGACACUGAGGUUGCCCGAGAGAAAAUCUUGUCACUAAUCGACUCGGGUAGCAUUGAGCCUACUGAGCUAUUGGCUGACAUGGAAAAUCAGAUCAUGAAAGCAAAAGAAGAGGCAGCUAGCAGGAAGGACAUAUUGGAUAAGGUUGAGAAAUGGAUGUCAACUUGUGAAGAAGAAAGCUGGCUUGAAGACUACAAUAGGGAUGACAACAGAUAUAAUGCCAGUCGAGGUGCACAUUUGAACCUGAAGAGGGCUGAAAAGGCACGAAUUUUGGUCAAUAAAAUUCCAGCUCUUGUGGAUGGGUUAAUUGCAAAAACUCGUGCUUGGGAACAAGAUCGUGGGAUCACAUUCAGCUAUGAUGGUGUUCCCCUACUUGCAAUGCUAGAUGAGUAUGUAAUGCUCAGACAUGACAGAGAAGAGGAGAAGAAGAGAUUGAAGGAGCAAAAGAAAUUCCAUGAACAGCUGAACAAGGAACAGGAUUCGGUGUUUGGCUCCACACCAAGCCCACGACACCCAAGCACCAAGAAAACGGCCGGGCAGCGGGCGAAUGCAGCAGCCAGCAGACGUCUAUCUCUCAACGUCCAUCAAAAUGGUGCGAAAUCCGUGAAUAGAGAUGGGAAGAGGGAGUCUAGGCCGGUGGCCCCACUGAACUUCGUGGCCAUAUCCAAAGAAGAUGCAGCAUCGCACGUGUCCGUGACAGAUACUCUCUCGAAGGCCAACAGCAUCAGGCCCAAGCACAUAAGGCCACGGCAGGCCCGAGCAGCAAGCCUUGUACCGAGCAACAGGCCAGGGCAAUGCAACUGCAGUCAUCCCGCGAUGAUGCCCAGGCCUAACAUCGCGAGCUAUGUCACGAGUCGAAAGAGGCUAUAG